AUGCUUUCAUCGUUGCUUUCACCGCCGCCUCCGUUGCUUUCACCGCCGCCUCCGUUGCUUUCACCGCCGCCUCCGUUGCUUUCACCGCCGCCUCCGUGCUUUCACCGCCGCCUCCGUGCUUUCACCGCCGCCUCCGUUGCUUUCACCGCCGCCUCCGUGCUUUCACCUCCGCCUCCGUUGCUUUCACCGCCGCCUCCGUGCUUUCGCCGCCGCCUCCGUGCUUUCACCGCCGCCUCCGUUGCUUUCACCGCCGCCUCCAUGCUUUCACCGUUGCUUUCACCGCCGCCUCCGUUGCUUUCACCGCCGCCUUCGUUGCUUUCACAGCCGCCUCCGUGCUUUCACCUUACCGUCACCGCUACAAUCACCGUCACUGCUACAGUCACCGUCACCGCUACAGUCACCGUCACUGCUACAAUCGCUGCCGCCGCUACAGUCACCGUCACCGCUACAAUCACCGCCGCCGCUACAGUCACCGUCACCGCUACAGUCACCGUCACUGCUACAAUCACUGCCGCCGCUAGUCACCGUCACCGCUACAAUCACUGCCGCCGCUACAGUCACCGUCGCCGCUACAAUCACUGCCGCCUCACCGUCACCACUACAGUCACCGUCACCGCUACAGUCACCGUCACCGCUACAGUCACCGUCACCGCUACAGUCACCGUCACCGCUACAAUCACCGUCACAGUUACAGUCACCGUCACCGCAACAGUCACCGUCACCACUACAGUCACCGUCACCGCUACAAUCACUAUCGGCGCUACAGUCAGCGUCACCGCAACAGUCACCGUCACCGCUACAGUCACCGUCACCACUACAGUCACCGUCACAGUUACAGUCACCGUCACCGCUACAAUCACUGCCGCCGCUACAGUCACCGUCACCGCUACAGUCACCGUCACCGCUACAGUCACCGUCACCACUACAGUCACCGUCACAGUUACAGUCACCGUCACUGCUACAAUCACUGCCGCCGCUACAGUCACCGUCACCGCUACAAUCACUAUCGGCGCUACAGUCAGCGUCACCGCAACAGUCACCGCUACAGUCACCGUCACCACUACAGUCACCGUCACAGUCACCGUCACCGCUACAAUCACUGCCGCCGCUACAGUCACCGUCACCGCUACAGUCACCGUCACCGCUACAGUCACCGUCACCACUACAGUCACCGUCACAGUUACAGUCACCGUCACUGCUACAAUCACUGCCGCCGCUACAGUCACCGUCACCACUACAGUCACCGUCACCGCUACAAUCACUGCCGCCGCUACAGUCACCGUCACCGCUACAAUCACUGCCGCCGUUACAGUCACCGUCACCGCUACAGUCACCGUAACCGCUACAAUCACUACCGGCGCUACAGUCACCGUCACCGCUACAAUCACUGCCGCCGCUACAGUCACCGUUACCGCUACAAUCACUGCCGCCGCUACAGUCACCGUCACCGCUACAAUCACUGCCGCCGUUACAGUCACCGUCACCGCUACAGUCACCGUCACCGCUACAAUCACUAUCGGCGCUACAGUCACCGUCACCGCUACAAUCACUGCCGCCGCUCCAGUCACCGUUACCGCUACAAUCACUGCCGCCGCUACAGUCACCGUCACCGCUACAAUCACUGCCGCCGUUACAGUCACCGUCACCGCUACAGUCACCGUAACCGCUACAAUCACUACCGGCGCUACAGUCACCGUCACCGCUACAAUCACCAUCACCACUAAUCACCGUCACCACUAA